AUGAAAAUAAAUGAACGCAAGUUGGAAGCUUGCAAGGCUUGUCGUCGCCGUAAACGAAAAUGUCAUGAAGGCAUAAAAGGAAAGGAGUCAUGUCGUUACUGCGCUGGGAAGGGGAAUAAUUAUUGUUCUUACGUAUCCGAAAACACAGAAAACCAUCUAAUCGAAGCCAUGAAAACUUCAUCAACUUCUCCCAGUACGACUGAAACGACAUCAAGUACAAAUCUAAUAGAAGAUUUAUUAGAAGACCAUCAAUCUCUGAAUAAAGAUAUCACAGAUGCGGACGUGUUACAAGGUCAUCAAGUUAACAGCUCUUACGAGGCAACUACGUCACAAGGAUGUCAAAGUAUCGUGCCUUCACAAACAAUUACACCGAUUUCGCAAGGACAAUACCUUCCCAACACGCUCAUGUCAGAAUAUCAAAAUUCACAAUUGUCACAAAUAAGUACGAAUACACUUCAAGAUCUCCAAUUUCAGGAUAGUGAUCCAUGUAUAUCAUCGCGAACACAGCAAUCAUAUCAAUCAUUAGAAUAUCAACAUUCACAAUUAUCAGCGCAAAUAAACGCGAAUGCAUUACAAGACUAUCAAGUCAAUAGCCCAUAUUUGGGUUCGCAACCAUUGUCAGUUACGAUUGUUAAUAACAUAAAUUUGGGAUACCAAAAUCCAAAUAUAAAUAUAUUGCAAGAUCCUCAAUCUCAAUCUGAAGUAAAUAACCAAUAUACGGGCUCACAAACACAAUUCCAACAAUUAUCGUCAGAUUAUCAGUCUCACGCAAAUAACUCAUUAAAUAAUUCAUACACUACUUCACAAGCACAAUUUCAACAACCAUCCGAUUACCAAAACCCGCCAAUAAGUAUAAAUGCAUUACAAGGAUAUCAAAAUCAACGGCUGUUGGUACAAAUAAAUACAAAUGUACCACAAGACUACAUCAAUAUCCCACAAAUAACCUUACAAAUACAAUUUUAUCGACCACCAUAUCAGUCAUUAGAGCAUCAAAAUCAACAAUUGUCUGCGGAAUUAGGUGCUAACACAUUACAAAGAGAAUUUGCAGAGUUAAAUGCUAAUAUAUUACAAGCUAAUAGUACAUAUAUGGAUUCGCAAACACAAUUCCACCAUCCAUUUACGUUAGGACAAUCGUUAGGUCAACAACAGACAACCUCUCAAUUUCCGAUAAACACAUUACAACAAGUAAUGGGCACUAAUAUAUCAGAGGAUACAAAUGUGUCAGGAG